CCAAACGACCACACUAAAUAAAAAGAAUUGGCGCGUUUUGUUGUUUAUUGUUCGGCUUCUUGCGAAAUUCAUUUAAAAACCAACUUCUUAGCUCUAAAAAUCCAUCAAAAUGAAUGAUUCAUUUGGAGAUUUCAAUGCUACUCAAACUGCGCCUGCUGGAGCUGCCAGCAAUCAAAAAGGAGAGGGAAUAGUACCUUUGGUGAUUAAGCAGAUUGUGGAUGCACCGGAGGGAAACAUCGAAAUGUUUGGAAUGCAGUAUGCAAUGGUCUGUGUGGCAGCCAUAGUGCGAAAUAUCGAGACAUCCUCGACGAAGAUUACAUACACUCUGGAGGAUCACAGCGGCAGGAUCGACGCGCACUAUUGGCUGGAGGAGGGUGACGCCCUGAAGGCCCCCGAAGUCAUGGUCAACAACUAUGUAAAGGUCUAUGGCACUACUCGUUCGCAGGCGGGUCAAAAGACCCUGAUGGUCUUUAAGCUGCUGCCCGUUUUGGACCCCAACGAGGUGUGCACCCAUCUCCUUGAGGUUCUCAACGCCCGCUACAGGGCGGAGGAUUACCAGAACAAGGGCGGAUCCGAUGGGGCUGCAGCCGGUUCUGGCUCCAUAGCCAAUUUCACCGCCUCUCAAAGUACGGCUAUUGUCAGUGGGCUGGAUCCCAAGCAGCAGGCCGUCUUCCAGGCGAUCAAGAGCAAUGUUUCCGAGGAGGGCAUCUCCCGCAAAGAACUGAAGGCCAAGUUCUCCCACAUCAGCGACUCUGAGUUGACCAACAUUCUGGACUUUAUGAUCUCUGAGGGACACAUUUACUCCAGCAUCGAUGCAGAUCACUUUAUUUGCACUAUGUAAAUCGAAUCUGAAAUGGAACUUUGCUAUAAUACGUAUUAAUAUAUUAGGUUGGUAAAAAUAUGGAAAGAUUUCAUACAAAUUGAGUCUUGAAACAAGAA